UGAUGAUGGUUUCUGUGCUCACCUACCCAAAGUAGAAUUUCACUGUGCUGCUGAUGUUCUUCAUUAGUUAUCAUGUCUGGUAGUAUUGUAGUUCUUUUGUUCCAGCUACAGGUUGGACGACUGUUAGCAAGAAGGGUACCACUCAAGCUACAGUGAGGAAACAAAUGAGCGGAGGUACCAAGACACCACCAGCCAAGGCAGCAAGACCAGAGAAAAAAGGUGAAGUUGUGCUCAAGGCAAGUGUGCCUAGGGAUGAAGUAUUAGAAGGACUGGGCCAGAGUAUCGGCGACAAGUGGAUGAAUCUUGGUCGUCGAUUAAACAUCAAUGAAUCAAAACUUGAAGGCAUAGCUAAAGAUUUUGAACCACUCCAUGAAAGGGGGUUUCAGAUGUUGAAACAUUGGAAACAGAAGCAAGGUUCUGAGGCUAAUUACAAGUCCUUAUCUGAUGCUUUAAAGCACAACCUGGUGGAAAGAAAAGACUUGGCGGAGAAGUACUGUUUUAAGUGACAGUAUCCAAGUACCUAAUUCUGGAAAACCAAAUGAUAUUGCAUUUGUUUAGAAAACGUUGUGUUUAUGGGGCAUACUUCUUUGUAUCACUAGUGAAAGACGUGCUAGAAUACAUCUCAGACAUCAUACUUAUGGUGUAAAAUGUAGUUAUGAACUAUAAUUUAUUAAUCAACAUAGCCUGACAUGUCCAUCGCCUUAGCUUCCGCACUCAGCCUAAACCUUUUCUUGUCCACCUGAGGGUGCCAGACUUCCUGCAGUCUGCUUUUCUCUCGAACUGGUCAAUGCAGUACAGGAUUAGAGAUGCCAAACCCUCUUCUUGUCCAUAGCGCCAUUUUGUGUUUGCAGAGUCGUGAAGGUAAGCGCUUGUCAUACCUUAAGAGAAAAGGCAGACCCCUAGCUUUCCAGCGGGCAACUGACACUUUAGGCUGACUCCGGUAUCGUUGUGGUACUGGUUGCUAAGCACCAAGUAUGCAUGCAGCGAGAAUGUUGUAGGGUGUGGUCGCCGUUACAAAAGCUGCAUUUAUCAAUGUCUGGCAUAUUUAUCUGGACCCACUUUAAUAACCUGAACAUAAUUUAUUAGGUAAAUGCAUCAGUAACACAUUAAAGCAGAAACCACAGUCUUUAUA